AUGGUUUUAGCCUCCUAUUUCUCAAGGCAAGCGGUAUCCCACAAAAAUAGUCCCCUCCCGGCAUCAGCAAAAAGUGACCCCCCCCUCCUGCAAGUGCCCCCCUGGCACCCAACCCCUCAUCAAGUCAGCAGCAGAAAACCUAAUUCCAUUGACAGUAUAAUGCCCCCAGACGCCCACUCUCACCGAGGCCGCCACCUGCCCAGGCUGGUGGGGGGUGCGGAGCGGACACGGCCCAGAAUCCGCAUGACCCCAAGGGCACCACCACAUCGCAGCAGGCACAUAGUUGUAGUGUCUCCUCUCCAUCACCCAUAAACAAAAUACAUAUGGGACUAGACCCAUAUGCGGUUCCAAAAUGGCAGGUGGCAGAGUUGGGGGGGGGGGGGAGAUGACCCCUGGUUAGUGGACUUCUUGUUGCGAACCAUCUUGUCUUGGUAAAAUGCUAUAUUUUCACUUUUUUGCAGUGGGGGGUGAGGAGCUCAAGCACUACACGUCCUGUCUCAUGCUCGGUCUGGCCAAGCCUCCUAAAAUAGCUGAUUUGAACAUUUCUUCAAUUCAGCAAUAUUGACAUAGUACGUUAACCUAAAUGUUUUCAUUCUGAUUUAAUUCACCCAAAUUUUCCAGAAUAUUCAGUGAAAUCCGAAUGGUCAGGGAAAAACAUCUGUAUGUGUAUGAAGCCAUUCAGACUGCCAAAUCUGAAUAUUAUUCAUUCUAUUUUAGCAUAAAUGACUCCAAAUGAGCCUGACUUCGGUCAAGGCCAAAUGUUGCUGGACAGCUGAAAUAAAGUUGUUAAAAUCUGAGCCCAGAUGUUUCAACUGGCCACAGAUUUAAAAAAUCUCAACUAUUUGCCUGCAGGGUUUUUAACUUUCGAAAAAUAUAAACUAUCGACUGGGCAGCCAUUGCAUGAGAUUGGACCUGUAAAAUAACAGGGGGAUCCUUAGGCACUGAGUGGGGGAUUUUAAUUUAAGGAACCACUCCACAUCCCAAAAGCACUUCAGCUUGCUGAAGUGCUUUAUUGGUGAGAAGUAUCUUAAUUUUACCCUAGUUUAUAAAAGUGUUGAUUUUAUGAGAAAUCAGCACUUUUAUAAAUUAACUAGGGAACGCCCCCUGGCUGUCAAUCAAACAGCCAGGGAGUUUUGCAGCUCCUUUACUUAGCUCCCCUGAGCUAACGGAAGUAGCAGGCACGCUCUACUUGAGCAUGUCUGCAUUCUCCCAAACAGACCACAAACCGCCACCCCCCAACCUCAGACCAGACUGUGUGUGUGCACAAGCCGGCACACGCAACAGUGUGGGCGCGUGCAUGAGCCGGCGGGCGCUUGCAUGUGGGCACCAAUUCAGAGAAGCCUCUGAUUGGUUAUUUCCCUGUGAAGAGACUGAAAGUCUCUUGCAUGGAAAAUAGUUCAUAAGAUCUGCAGCUCUUUUAAGAUACCUCCAAUGAAUGCAUGCAUUAAAAAUUCAUGCAUAUAUACAUUUAUUAUAUUCAUUGAUUGAUAAACAGUGAUUUUUUUUCCAUUUGGGCAGUGAAGCAUACCUUUAAAUAAUUGAGCCGAUGAGGGCUACUUAUUAAAUGGCAUGGGCCUAAAGUCUCCACCCACUGGCUUUGGGUGUAGGCUGUUACUAUAUAACCAUGUGGCAGCUAAUGUCCUCACCCCAUCCCCCAUCCAUUGGCAUUAGAAGGGGGCUAUUAACAUAUAGCCGAAGGAUGCCUAAUGUCCUCACACCAACCCACACAAAGAGGGUCAAAAUAAAAUCCAUAAUAAUGUGAUGCAGCUUAUGAAAAUAAAAAAAAAACACCAGAAUCGCAAAGAAAGCCAAAUAAAAUAAAAAUGCAACAAAAACAGACCCAUCUUGACCACGCAAGGGAUCCACGCGGAAUGAGCGUCAAUGCUGGAAAAGCCGUUUUGAAGGCUUUCCCACCCUUUUAAUUUUCAUUCAAAUAUUCUGAUUGGUUAACUUGUAAGCCAACCAAUCAGAGUGCUCUGAUAAGCAAGCCUCACUUCUCUCAAGAAUGGGAAUGGGAAUAUUCCUUGUAUAUUUAUUUAGCGCACUCAUCAGCCUCUCAUGGGUGGGCACUGGAGGCGCAUUAGGUCCCCCCCCAAUAUAUAUUAAUAGGCCCCAUCUAAUGCCAUUGGUUGGGAGUUGGGGUGGGAACAUUAGGUUCCCCAUCAGUUACAUAGUAAUAGACCCACCUGACACCAAUGGAUGGGGGAUGAGGAGAGGACAUUAGGUCCCCUCAUUUAUUAAAUAGCCCACACGCUAAACGGAUGGGGGCAAAGGGUACUUGAAAUUAUCAUUUACUUGUAAAAAGUAAUUAAACAAUAAGUUGUGAAUAUGGAGUAAGCAUUGUUUCUUGUUAAGGUUAAAGUCGAUAGUUUUAUUGAUACUUAUUGAUCUACACUGACUGCUUUGUAACGCAUCUACUGCUUUAAAGAAACAUCUCAAUCUUUUGUGAUCUUUUCAGACUCCAAUGCAUUUUUCAGACAAAAACAAUAUAAUUAUUUUAUAUAAUUUUGAAUUGUUGCAGUUGCUUUCAUAGAAAUAAUAACGUUCUUACUUUUUUUAUUCCAUUGUGUUAAGGAAACUUUAAACAAUACUAAUUCAACAAGUUCUGAAAGUUCCAUUGAAGCAUCAGGUGAUUCCUCAGCCAAUCUCACAUCAGAGCAAAAGAGUGAAAACACAACAAAGUUAACACCUCAUAAAGCACAAGAAGACAACCACCACCAAUGUGGACAUAAACUCAAGUGCUUGUGCGGCAGAGACAAGACUUGCAAAUGUCAUCAGUGUUGUCACGAACAAAGGAAAGCGAAGGGGCAUCACAAUUGUGAGCACGAAUUGGAGAAAAUACAUCAUGAGAAGGAGGAGAUAAAGCACACAAAGAAGAAGCUGUACAAAGAAAAGAAGAACAUAAAACACAAGAAGCAGAAGAUACAAUGUGAAGAGUGGCAUGUACGACAGGAGAAGAGGCACAUACAACAUGAGAAGCAGGGUAUACGACACGAGAAACAGGAUAUUCAACAUGAGAAGCAGGGUAUACAACACGAGAAACAGAAUAUUCAACAUGAAAAGCAGGGUAUACGACGCGAGAAACAAGAUAUUCAACAUGAGAAGCAGGGUAUACAACACGAGAAACAGAAUAUUCAACAUGAAAAGCAGGGUAUACAACACGAGAAACAGCAUAUUCAACAUGAAAAGCAGGAUAUACAACACGAAAAACAGCAUAUUCAACAUGAAAAGCAGGAUAUACAACACGAAAAACAGCAUAUUCAACAUGAGAAACAGAAGGUGAAACAUGAAAGAGAGAAAAUAGAACAGGAAAAGCAGGAGAUCCAAAAAGAGAAGGAGAAUAUAGAGCAGGAGAAGAAAGGUAAUGCAAAACAGCACAUGAAAAGAAACAAACAUCGUAGCAGCAUGGGUCAGACAGCAGAUAUAGGCAGCAGCUCCAAGAGCCAAAGAGAACGUGUGGAUAGCAGCUGCAGUCAAAGCCAAAAUAAAAACAUGGAAAGCAGCAGCAGCAGUCAGAGCAACAGUCAAUACAUAGAUGGAACCAGCAGUAGUUGCCAAAGUAAACACAUGAGUGGCCAAAGAGAUGGUUACCAGAGUGAACAUGUAGACAGCAGCAGUAGUAGCCACGCACGUCAAAAUCGGAACAGCAGGAAGAGUAGGACAUCUACUCACAGACAUGACAGUGGGCAUGAUUUCAGACAUGUUGAGAAAUGCCAUAAAACAUACGCGGACAAUAAUUCAACAACAUUUGAGGUAUUACAUUUGUAUUUAACUAUCAUUUUUACUUUAAAGAUAAACUACAAUUAUCUUCUACGCUUUCUAAAUAUUAUUUAUUUUCUCUCUGGCAGAACAUCCUGGGUAUGAAUAUUGAUGAAGCUCAGUUUACAUUAACUCCUGGUCAUUUGGUAUGUACUCUUUUACUGAAAAGUUCCAAAAUAUUGAGUAUGAAAAUGUUAAAGGGUUACUCCAAGCCCCAGGACCACUUCACUGAUUUAAAGUGGUCAUGGCGCCUGAAUUCUGCAUAUGCAGUGUUUCACUAUCAAACGCUGUACAUAGAAAGUUUAGCUCCUCUGCUACCAGAAAUGUAAGUCCACCUCUGGCCUCCUCAUUGAGUCAUCAUUAGCCAGCUCAGAGGAAGAGGUUUGGGCUGGCUGACAUCAAUCAAAGUUUUUAUAUAUAUGAUUUACAAGAAACUUGUAAUCGAGUAUAUUUUUUUUAUUUUAGGAUUUUAUUAUUGUCUACAAUACAAAGUAUUUAUAGUCAAAAUAGAGAAUGUAUUGACUGUAGGAGGAAAGCAAAACUGUUUUGAUACUACAAUUUGUCACUGAGAAUAGAUACCAGACAAAAGAAAAUGUUCUUGUGAUAGGGAAAAAGAAACAAAAACGAAAUUCAAAUGGUAGGAAAUGCAUUGGUUUUGCUGUUUGACUAUCAGUUCCAUUUCAUUAUUCUAUAUUUUGAUUCCCGUAGUUGGCUUUAUAAUUGACAAUUCUUCACUCUGCCAGCCUAGAUUUCAUCCAGAUUAUACAAUUUAUAGGUGUAUAUUGUAACUUCCUUGGAAAUUGUUUUUCAGGUUAAGCCUAGCCACUUUAAAGUUUGCUAAUAUUACAUGCCAUCUGUGAGCCAUUUUCUACUUAAAGGGUUCUGAGCUGUCAAGUGAAUAAUUAAAAGUGUGAAAUUUCAGCAGAUUAAAUUGCUGACUUGGGAAUAUUUCUGAAUAUUGGGGCUAAUAUUGGGAAUAUUGGGGCUAAUAUUUAAAAUUUGCUCUAAAAUUCACUUUGAAUUCCUCGCAAUUCACACGUAACAGUGAUAGAGUUAUUUUGUGAGUGACAUACCUGUACUUACUACAGAUAUUUUAAAUAAAUAUAUUUAGAAGGAUAUCCAGUGAUUCACAAAAAACAAAUAAAAAAAAUAAAUAAAUAACUGGUAGUACUGCGCUAUUUUUUGCUUAAAAUAUUAUUUUUUUUUUUUUUUUACUGGAUCACAAUUCCAGCGCAUAAAUAGGGAGGGUUUAUAGAUGGCGAUAUCCUCUGUAACAAAGUAUGAAGUACAUAUUGUGAAGGUGUAAAAGAGAAAGAUAACUAUGAGAUAGAACUUCACCCAAUCUUCACAUCCAACUUGACUCAUAAAAUGAUAAUGAACCAGUGAAGGAAAGUUGAGCUCUCAAACAUGGGAAAAACAAGAAAAUUGUCCCCGAAUGCUAUGUGCAUCAGUUUGCCAAGUUUUUUUUUUGUUUUCUUUUUUUUUAAAAGUAGAUUUCACAGAGGGAAAUUUAGUGAAAAAGCACUUAAUGAAGUGUAGAAUUCAAUUGAAACAAAAUUGUUUCAAAGAGGAUAUCUUAUAUGUUUCGUCAAUAUGCAAAAAUAAACUUGUCUCCUAGGAGAAGACAUCUUGAGAAAGAGCAGCUAAUGAUCUUUUAAAGUUUAAUUACCCGAGAACCUUUAACAGGCAUUUUUGGUGAUCUCAUGCUAAUAUCAGCAUGUGAGUAGAGGCCCUGAAAUCCUCAAGGAAUUAGGUGACAUUACUGGAAGUAGUUUUAAAAAUGGCUUAAAAUUGCAUUAACCGCACCAGUCAACCUUGAGGACUAAUGUUUGAAGCUUUGCUAGUUGAAGGCUGAUAACCCAAUGAGUGCCUGAGAAAUGUUAGAAAUAUUAUGAUGCUAUGCUCAGCUUUUGUGAAGUGUAUCAUCAGUAGCAGAGACUUUAAGUGGGAGGUUAGAUGGCAUCACCUGCUGAUAUCUUGUCUUGUUUUUCCCAGAGACAUUUGUUAACUAGGGUUUACUUCAUUUUUCCACUUAGCUUUUCCUCACUAGCUCAUUUCUAAAACACUUUGUUAUCUCCUGGCUAUGGAAGAUGUUUUCUGAUCCUGGUCAAGUACAACUGACCCGAGGACACUCCUGAUCGGAGGCUUUUCUGACAAUCUAGUUACUAAACACUUAACUCUUUGCUGCAUGUUUGACCCAUAUGAUCACCAGCUAGCUUCGUUCUAAAGGUAGCAUUCACUUUUAAAGAUUUUUUCCAGGUGAACUGAAGCAUACAGUUUGAACAAACCUCAAAGGGAUAAUGCAAAAUCCUCAACCAAUUAUUUUAGACAACUUUUAUCUACCUGUGGUUCUUAUGGAACUUUUAAAAGGUCACGGUUCAAUGAUCUUUGUGCUUGUCUGUAGGUGCAUUACUUGCUAAGAUUGAGACAUUGAUUUUUAAUCUGGUCAACAGAAUUUAUAGUGCAGUCCUAAACGUAGGCUAAUGGGGAACUCCCUUAAAAUAUUAGCUCUUCAUAUAAAUGUAAAUAUACUAAACAUGACAAUGCAAGAUAACACCUUGAAAAUUAAAAGUGAAUAUUUACAUGCAUGCCGCCCAUAGAUUUGCUGAACGACAUGUUUUGCUAUAUUUAAAAAAUCCUUGCCAUAUUGAUUGUUUUAUAUUUAAAUUAAAAGCUAGAAUUCCUUGAAAAUUUUGAGUGUUUUACAUAUAUGUUCUUGCAUCAAAUUAGACGUUCGCGCCAAAUCAUCUCCUAUGGAAGGAUAACACAUCUACUGCCUUUUCUGCUAAUCAUAUAUGAUAGAGGAGCUCUCUGUCUGUUGUACUGACAUUAAGCUGGCUUCCAUGUUUGGCACUACAAAGUAGCCAAUAAGCAUUGUUAACACCAGCAGCCAGUAGAUGUAUGCAACUCAGAAUAUUGACAGGUCUUUUUGGUCAGCUCAGUUGAAUAUUGGAUCUUUCUCAAGGCUUAACAUUAGGGAAACUAGCUUAAUUAGUCCUGCACAUUCCGACAGUUUACUGGAUAUUUCAGGAAAAGAGAGGUUGAGUUCCUUCUGGUAAACCCAUGGUAGACAUAAAAGGUGUCCAAAAUAGAACAUUUAUAGAAGGAAUUUUAAACUCCUGCCUGUCUGAUGACAGCAAAAAAAAGGAGUGAGAUAUGGAAUGAUAAGGGGACUUUAAUACUAUAUUUCAGUUAAUAGUUUUCAUUUGUUCAAUUCCUGUUCUUUCCAGCUGUGGGCAUAGAUACCUCAAUAGUGAUGUAGUCAUAAGUAGCCAGGAGUAUUUUCCUAUUCAUUGCCAUAGCAACUACACCAGGACACUAUAAAACGUUUGCUCAUUCCGCGUGUCCUUCAAUUGCAAUUUAUAUUACCAAGUCACCCUUUGUGCUUGCGUACACCUGACGUACCAAACUGCAUUCAUAUGUAUUAAAAAACUUUGUAAACCAUGCCUGAAGAUAGACUUUAAUGCGUAAACGUACUUAAAUAUAGAAUAAAUUAAAUGUAUUUUUUUAAUAUAUAAUGUAAUGAGACUUUUGCAGUUGUUAAUUAGUAUUUUCUCUUUUCCUCUACACCUAGAUGAGACAGGUAUAAUUUUAGUCAGAUAGCUGCAGGUGGUAAUUUUUUUACUAUCCAGCAUGGAAACCAGGUGUUACUUAGUGUUUAGUAACUUCUAUUUAUCUCUAUGGGAGAUGUUAAAAUGUUCAUCAUCCACUAAUUACCAGUCAUUAAAUAUUAAGUUCCGUAGCACAGAAACAGCUGGUAAUUGGCAACAAUAGCAAGAAAAACAUUUUAGCGAUUACCAACAUGUCGUAAAUGAUUGCGACAAGCAUAGAAAGAAGCCAAUUGUUAUUCUUAUAUACCAGUGGGUUCCAAGGUGCCUUUUUUUGUUCCUAUUACCAUUACACAAUAUAAUUUAUGCACAAAAAAAACCUAUCAGAUAUAUUAUAUACCCCAACUAUACAUCUCUAUUAUCAUUCUCAGCAAAAUGGCAGGUCUUUGUUGCUUUUCAUUUUUGUUUACUAAAAUUACUUUUGCAUAAAUCAUUUUGAAACAAUAUUCUUUGACAAUCUGCAGUAUGUUUAACUGGAAUUACCUAGUGCCAUUUUCAUAACUGCAAGAACAAAACAAAGAUUGGUAAAUAACUUAUUUUCAUCGAAAUGAAGGGCAAGUUUCAGCAACAGCAGAUCAUUUUGCUGGUGUCCGGUGAAAAAUAUACAUUAGUGCUUUUGGUAGAAAAAAAAAGUAAUUUUCUAUAAUUGUAUUUUUCUUUGUAUUGUCCCAAAGAAAACAACAACAAUAUAACGCAAUUUGUAUUUAUUUUAUUUCAAUAUAUAUAAAGUUUUGUAUUGAGUGAGAGCCUAUUUUUUAUUAUAUUAUUUUUUUUAAUGUUUUUUUAUAGAAAAAGAAAAAAAAUUGGAAUGCAAAUUAAAUUACAUUUGCAUGUGCAUUUUCAUUAAUAUUUAAUGUUCAUAACACUGUAAUUAACACUUUUCAUCAUACUUUGUAUUAAAUAGAAAUUCACUGCAUAGCUUUGCAAUGUGAUGGGGCAAAAAUAGCACACAGGUCACCUGCGAGCAAACUUAUAUUAUUAUUUUUUAUUAUACCAUUCUGAUAUCAAAUGAUGGCCUUAAUUUCAUAUUGUUGGAUUAACAUUUCAAAUUUUUAAUUUUUUUAAUACACAUUUCAAAUUAUUUAAUUGUUUUAAUACACAUUUCAAAUUAUUUAACACAAGUUCCAGCACACUCACUCACCUACUAAACAGCAAUUUCAAAGCUCACAGAAUAUAAUGUUUUUUUUGUUUGUUUGUUUUUUUUUUAAACACCUACCCUAGGCAAAAAUAGAAGAGGUUUAGUUAUAGUAUAUGAUCAUACAUUGCAUAAGCCUGCCACAACCUCAAUGUACCCCAUUCUUAGCAGGUCUUACAACCUACAACCUAACGCCUGCUCUUAUGAGAUUAACCCACUUACUUUGGAAAUGCUUCCUCCUGGGAUUCUUUGCAGGGCAAGGUUAAAUAGGGCCCUGGAAUGAGGCACCGGUGACAGGGAGGGGUGCAAAACCAAGGAUUUGGCCUGGAUUCCCAAAUAUAUAAAUGAAACCAAGAGGAUGCACUUAUAUAUAUUCAUAUUUUGAAGAAAUCAUUUUAAAAGGUUAUCCAGAAAUAUUAACUCAUUUAAAACCUGAUUUAAAAAUAUUGUUUUGUUUUUUUCAGUUUUGAUAUUUUAGACUUUAACAGGUCUCUUGUUAUCUUACUAUGUAUAAACCAAACUGAUUUUAUGUUGUGUUAUAAUCUACAAUGGGAUGUAUACAUUAAACCAGUAUAUUAAGUAAUACACAAUAUUCUUACUUAAACAUGUACAUAUCAACCCAACAUUAAUACGUAAAGGGUUACUCCAAGCACCUUGACCCUUUCAGAGAUUUGCAGUGGUCCUGGUGCCAGGAGUCUGUAUAUGCAGUGUUUCAACGUGAAAUGCUACACAUACAAAGUUCCAUUUAUUGGCGCUCUCAACCAAUAAAUGAUGACUGGAUUGGCUUCCGACUUCUGCAGCCAAAAGCCAGAAGCGCGUCAUUGCCAGGGAACCAGGGCAGUUUGCUCCAGACACCAUAACCACUACACAGCCUUUAUCUUUGUAUUAUCCCACGUGUUCAAUUAUUCAGAGGUGUGUUACCAGGAAGAGUGUAUUAAGAUUUAAAAUAUGUAUGGUCAAUAGGGUUGUACAUUUAAAACAUAUAUAGUGCUACAAAGUUAUACAUUUAACAAUAUGCAAAAUAAAUUAACACUAGAGGUAAUAUAGGUAUUAUGGAUAGAAUCAAAUUAUAUAAAAUCCAAGUUUACUUAAGAAAGUGCCUUUAUAAUUAACUUUAAUGCAUGAUGUAAGUGGUGAGUAAAGUGACUCAUGUUUUCACUCAUAUCUUGCCUGUAUAUUGUUUUGAGCAAGUUUUUAAAUAGCUCUGAGCAAUGAGUAUAGUCUUGCAUGGUCCUGUUCGAUUCUAUAGAGCAAUCCAGCUUCUCCUGCUGAGAAAGCCAGACUCUGCAGAAGCAGGCUGUAGUGGUUAUGGUGUUUUAAGAGCUAUUUCGAAUAUUGCUAAUUUUGAGAAAGAAACAUUAUUAAAAGCUAUUUAUUUAUUAGUUAAAUCAUAAAUGUGUCUGCUAAAAGAGUAUGUUCCGUUCUUAUUUAUAGCAGAGGUAUCUUGGCACAGCAGAUCAUACUGAGUUUAUUUUCAUACUUCGAGCGUUCUUGAAUGACAAUACUCACAGGGGGUAUCAAACUACAGCGUACGUUGACCCAGUCAAGCAGCAUGCCCAAUUGGUGACUGUAACCCUGGAAAAAAAGAGCCUCUGGAAAUCAUGUAUCAAUGCUGCAGUUUCAGAAACAGACAAAGCUUUGGUAAUUAUAAAAACAUAUAAAUCAAAUGUUAUCAGAACUAUUCUUUUUUUCAUUCUCCACGUGAUCUCCUCUUGAUCAAACCAGUCAGUCUUUCAUCUUCCCAUUUAUUUAAUUUCUGUUUUUAAUAGCAACCUCAGCUGUCAGUUAUUGUAAGUUAUUGACAUUGUAAGUGUAAAUCAUACCACCUAGUAGGAUUGGGAAUAGUCAAAUAUAGCCAUUCUGUGUACCCAUGUUUUCUUAAUAAGAAGAAAACUAAAAAUCAAAACUCCCACUGCAUGUGCAAAGGUGUAUAGGAUAAUAAUGAAGAGAUGGAGAUUGCAACUUUAGCCCCAUCUCACAACCUGUUGGGGUUUGAGGUGGUAAUUAAACAUUCUGAAAUCACCCAGGUCUAUGAUUAAACCACGUGGGAAACCUGGGGUCUCUUACACCCUCUACACCCACAGGAGAUAUAGUCUCUCUAUGUCCUUAGAAGAAGCAACAACUUUAAAUUGAAUUAAAAAAAGAACACAGUAGAUUUUUUUAUAAAAAAUGUUUAUUGAAUUUGACUGGAAAAUGAAUGGAUCAAUCACAUUUUGUCUCUCAGUAAGAACACAGGGGGGAACCUUUAUAUUGCCACUGCAAACAGGUUUUUCUUUUUACAAAUUGGUAAAUGUGGAUUUACUUUUUGAUGGUUCCCAUGUUUACAUUUUGUUUUCAUUUGUGGAAGUUGUAUAAUUUAUUAAUUAUUAUUAUUAUUAUUAUUAUUAUUUUAAAAGGAUUGACAUGGGCUAGUUUGAUAAGAGCCCAUGACAGAUCCUGCAAAAAAAAAUGUGUAUUUGCAGCAAAUAUAUAAACACAAAUUGGAAGUAUAUUAUUUAUUAUGUUUAUUUGUUUCACAUAUUUAUAAUACGUAUUCGAUAUAACGCAACAGAUUAACUCCAGCCUGAAAUAUUAUUUUAAGGGUAUGAUGUAGAAUGAUGGAGGAAUAGAGGGCUUGAGUAUUUUAAUAAAAAGACGUGCUUAGAGAAGAUAUCAUGUAGUUUCUUGCAAGUGUUCACAUCAUCAAAGAAGAGAUUUAAAUGCAUGAUGUAUGCGCCACUAUAUUUAAAGCACUAAACAUAGAUAACUGCACUGAGAGCAUUAGAGAUUGCUGAAUAGUCUUUUUGUGAAAGACAUCAGGCGUAGGCUGGAUCAGAACCAAAUGAUGUGUUAUUUCAUUGUCAACAAUUCUCUGUGCUUUACAAUUACAUAGUUACUUUCACUGAACAAUAUUCAUGAGUUCAAGCAAUAACGCUCCAUCCAGUUUUGUGUCAGAGAAGAAAAAAGACCAUUUCAUCUCCAAAGGCAUUUUCUUGUUUUCCCCCGCAUCAGCCGUAUCUAAGCUAAAAAGAAUAGUUUUGGCCCUGUGCGUUUGUGUUUGCUAUUGAGAUAUCCUUUUUGUUUCUGUUUUGAUAAACAGGCAGUAGUCAGAUGGGGCCAUGAAUGCAAGGAUUAUAAAGUUUCGGUAGAAGCAUCUACGGGGGAACUUGCUGGAAAUCCUGCCAUACAGCUGAGCUGGCAGUGGUCAAAAGUUCCCACCUGGCUGAGACAAGCAUCUCAAAGGUGACAUUUCCACUAAUCCUUCAUUCUAAUCUAACCAAAUAUAUGGCAAGUUCUUUAUUUCAUGAAUAUCUUUACCUCUCUAGGGCCAUGGUGUUUAUUCCAGGAAUGGCGUAUAUGUUAGGUGUUUCCACCAUUAGUUCUAAAAACCCAUCUCGUCAGCUUAUUGUAAGAGUUGCUGCCACUUCUCCAGAGACCGUGGAAACAGUUGUCAAAGCUCCGGAGGUUAGUUUCCUUCUGUAAUGUGUUCACAGUUAGUUUCAUUACACAUUGGUGGAAAAUUAAAUGUUUGCAGAAAAACCACAUUAAAAUAGUAAUGUACAGAGUACAUAAAUACCGAGCAGCUGAAACACAAUAAUAUACAAUAUUGUAAUUACUGAAUUUCUAGAAUAUAGAAUUCCACAAUAUGUCCAAACUCUUUAUGUUUAGAAUAAAAUCAGGUUCCUUAUGUGAGUAUCAUGUAGACAAACAUGAUCUAUCGGGUGAGUUAUGCCAAUUUCAUUAAUUAGAAGAUAUUUUUGUGUUUUAAGUUAAAUAGAAAGUAAUUUGUUACCUCUCUCUUACUCUUUAUUUCAAGGGGUUUGUAGUAGAAUUAGACAAUUAAUAUUGGGGGAAGGAGAUGCAAAUGUUGCAGCAAAGAAACAUGUUAUAGUGCCUGUACUCACUUAUAGGUGGCAAGGUAACCCCAUGGGCUCUGGGUCUUGGUUUGCACUAGUCACUAUGCAGAUUUCUACUAGUUACAUAAUUUUAUUCUGUAUUCAUUAUUUUAUAUAUUCGAUAAAUGGGCCUAUAAAUCCAUCUGUGUAAAUGAAAUGCAUUUUUCAAUGUCUCAUUACAUUUAAAGAGACUCUCCAGUGCCAGGAAAACAAUCAGUUUUCCUGGCACUGCAGGUCCCAUCUCCCUCCCACCUCCCAUCCCCGGUUGCCGAAGUGGUCAAAAGCCCUUCAGUGACUUACCAGAGGCAGUGAUGAUGUCCCUCGCCGCUGCUUCUUUGUCCGCCCAUGCUCCUCCCCUUCAUCACGUCAGCCGGCGGGGGAGACCUAAUGCGCAUGCGCAUCAAUGCCGCACACACGCAUUAGACCUCCCCAUAGGAAAGCAUUGAAAAUGUUUUUCAAUGCUUUCCUAUGGGGAUUUUAGCGACGCUGGAGGUCCUCACAUAGCAUGAGGACAUCCAGCGAUGCUAUAGCACAGAAUAUCUGUGCUAUAAUCUCGGAAGUGCCCUCUAGUGGAUGUCUAGUAGACAGCCACUAGAGGAGGAGUUAACCCUGCAAGGUAAUUAUUGCAGUUUAUAAAAACUGCAGGGUUAAGGGUAGUGGGAAUUGGCACCCAGACCACUCCAAUGGGCAGAAGUGGUCUGGGUGCCUGGAGUGUCCCUUUAAGUUCCAUAAAUUGUCAUUAGCAAGACACCUAAAAUUUGUCACAGCUGCCUCCCCCCUGGUUACACUCCUACUCACACCCCUAAAAUGAAAGUAUCCCUCUUUGUCCAUGUGAAAUUUUGGGAGGAGCAUGCUAUAUAUCUUUAUAUUUGGCCAAUGUUAAGACAGUUUUAAAUCCCCUGACAACAGAGUCUGCUGAUGAGAAAAGAUGAACAGUGACUUAUUAUAAAAACACGAUACAUAAAUUAAUUUUACAUGGUGUUUUAGUAUUUUGGAAAUGGGUGUAGUCUUGAAAUUACACUGGUGAGCAGUAGUCAAUAAAAUUAAGGUAAUGAGAAUAUAUAUUUUAUUGAGAUAAGAUGCGCUAGUCCAAGUCAAUUGGCACCUGGAAGGGGAUUGUACUAGGAAUGUCUGAUUAAAUUAAUUAAUUAAUUUAUGAAAUACACUGAGGAAAGUGUAUGAUCAUAAAGAUUAGAAUGAGUGGACUGGCAAAGAAAACCCAAAAGAGAGUACGUGGAGUGAAGGUGAGAGCAGGGUUAUGGGAACAGUUAAAAGAGGGUAUAGUAAAGUACAAGGCUAUAGAGAGACUUGCAAAUUAAUGUAAGUAAUUUGAAAAUAUUGGUAGCUGGUGGUUGUGUUUUUGCAGUAUGUGUUGGAGACAUCACACACACACACACGCUAACAGAAUGUUAUUCUGUUUGUUUUCUCUGUAGAUAACAUUUUACAAACAUGCUAUUCCUGUUCCGUUUGAUUUAAAAUAUGUCUUCAGUAUGAUUCAUCAAAAGAGAUGGGAUCGCCUUCCAGAGGUAACCGCAAUGAUAACAAGGAGAGAAGAAGGUAAUGUUUUACUACUUGUUCUGUGUUCAUCAGAACUGUUCUUUACUCAUACUGUGUACUGUCCUGUCAACUAACGUUCUUAUUAUUUAUUUGAUUGAGUUUUUUUAGAACAAAAUAAAAGGUGCAAAACUAUAAAAUUUAGGAGAAUAAGGAAAAUGGAAGCAAUUUCUCACAUUAAACAGGCUCUGGAAAUGUUAUAGUUACAUGAUAUGUUAUAUGUUUGUUCUUGUCCUUAAAGUUAGAUUCAGUUUCUCAUGAUGCAGUUUAGUUUAGUUUAGUUUUCCAGUAUAAGAGUAUUUCCUGUCUCAGAGUUUUGCAGUCAAUGGUUGAAGUGUGUAGAAAUAUAUAUAUGAUAAAUAUUGUGUUGAUUAAGAUACAAACAGUAAAACAAAUAGAGAAAAGAAAUAAUAAAUGAGAAGGAGCUGAUCCAAGAGCCCCCAAAGGAUAUGGAGGGCUGGUGGAUUAGCUCCAAGUCAGUGCCCACUUUCACUCUCCCGAGAAACUGGGGAAUAACCCUCAAAACUGAUAAUAGAAAGUGACAGACUUGAAAGUGCUAAAUAGGAGGGUGACAAACGAAAGGAAGAAAGUCCUACCUUUAAUGAUUCUAAGGAUGACAGAAAAUGGGGCUAACGUAAAAUCACUAUGUAGGGAGAAACAAGAAUAUUACCGAGGAUGUCUGACGAAAAUUAGGUUCACAGAAGUAGAAAUCCCCCACUGUGUCUGAGAGCAAUUAAAAACUCUAGCUGAUGAUUACCAAUGGUUGUCUAGCUAAGCACAGUCCCAGAAUACAUACAAAAGGCUGGUAUAUAAAGGUAAAGACACACAGGAAGAAGAAGGAAAACCCCUAAUGGACACCAUGCAAAGCGUAUCUCUAAAUACUUUGGCACCGUGGACUAAUUACUAGUGCCUACCUGAUCCAAUCUCCCUACUUAAGGUUGAAAAAUAACAAAACUAGUGCAUACUAAAAUAAAGGGCUACCAAGUGUGGUAAGAAAACAACUAGACGCACGUUUUACCUAAUUUCUUACAAAUAAUAAAGCUUAUGCAUUCGCAGGAGAGAUUAUUCAUUUUCUGAAUAAUGCACAGCCUGAUUCACUGUAUAUAAAUAUAGAUGUCAAUAUUUGUGUUUCCAGUGGCAUGUGAAGUGAGCGAUGAACAUUUUGUGACAUUUGACAAAAUGAGCAUGAACUGCUCUCCGUCUGCCACAAAGUGCUACACGGUGCUCGCGCAGGACUGCACCAAUAGGCUGAGGUUCCUGAUCGCCAUGAAAAGAAUGGGUCACUCCCCUGGGAUUAAUGUAAAACUGGGAUCUUUGUAAGUAUAAUUAUUAACUUGACAUUACUAUUACUACAAAAUUUUCUAAAUGGUUUUCACAUCAUCCACUUUAUUUAUCUUUAUUAUUUAUGUAUACUGGAAGGUGUGUAAAUCCGUAUGUUAAAAGGGACACUCCGCUGCCUAAAUAAAACAUGUUUUAAAAAUCAGCUUAGUAGUUAUACCCCAAAUGAAAAAAUGCAUGCAUUUCAUUAUAAUUUUUUUCAUUUGCAGAAAUAUCUAAAAACAGCUGGCAAAAACCUGCAGAUCUCCUGUCUGCUGCCUUUGCAAACCCUCCCCUACUAACCCCGCCCAAACUUUCUGUGGCUGUCCAAUCACAGACUGCCCAAUGCAGCUCAAUGCAGCCCCCAUGGAUCAAUCAUUUCCUGCUUUUCCCUCCUAUUAACCACUACAUAUUCUCUCUUUUCAUGACAAAGACACCUUGACCAGCAUGAAUAUAGAACAACCGAUGUAUAGGAAUAGUCCAACUAAUUUUUUGGGGGGGUUAGAACUUUCACAAACUUGUGUUUGGCUUGUUAUACAAUUUAAUGAGUGCCUUAUCGGAAUUUUAUGUUACAUUUUACAUUUUUGUUCAAUGCUUAUACUAAUGAUUGCCAUUGUCAAGUCAACAAACUGAAAAUUUCUCAAUAAAAAAUAUACGUUGGGGGAAAAAAUGUGUCUGCACGCAUGCACUUAUGAAAUGUAUUUAUUUAUUUAUAAAAUAUUUUACCAGGAAAGAUACAUUGAGAUUUCUCUCAUUUUCAUGUAUGUCCUCGGUCCACACAACAUUGCAUUAAUACAUUAGGGUGCAAUAAAAUACAAAAAUAUUAAUGCACAAUAUAUACAAAAUUUAACAUAGAACCGGUAGGAAAUAUAUAAUCAACCAUGGCACUUGCAUUCUGUUUUGAGAUAAGUCUUAAAGGACUUUAGGCCUGGGGAAGAUUUGAAAGUGUGUCGGGGGUCGUUCCAUACUUGUGGUACUCUGUAGGAAAAUGAGAAUCUAGCUGCUUUCUUUUUGUAUUGAGGUAGACUAAAUAAAGUGCUUGUACUGGAUCGGAUGUUAUAGGAGGUGGGAACAGCUGGGGAGAGCAUUCUGCUCAGGUAGGGUGGGAGCUUCCUAUAAAAGCUCUUAAACACAAGGCUGGAAAGAUGAAGAGUGCAUUGGGAUUCCAGCGACAGCCAGUUUAGUUCUUUUAGCAUGCCACAAUGGUGGGUCCUGUAAUUACAUUGUAGCACAUAUCGGCAGAACGAGUUAUACAAUGUGUUGAGUUUAUUCAUGUGGGAUUGCGAUGCAGGUGCAUAUACUACAUCCCCAUAAUCAAUGAUUGGCAUCAGCAUUUGCUGUACAAUCUUUUCCUUUACUGUAGGGCUUAGACAGGAUUUGUUUCUGUACAGGGCACCUAGUUUUGGAUAAAGUUUAGAUGCAAGUUUUUCUAUGUGGAGGCCAAAAGAUAGAUUGGGGUCUAACAUCAUACACAAGCAUUUGAAAGAAGUGGAUUGCGGUCAGUGUGCUAUUUGAUUUUGUUUUGAUGGAUAGAUGGGAAUUGUGUAAUUUGUGUAAUUUAGGUACUGUUCCAAAGAUCAUUGUGACAGUUUUGUCAGUGUUUAGGAAGAGUUUGUUUUUUGCGAUCCACUUUUGUGCAUUUCUACAGAUUGUGCAUGUCUACAAAGUGUACAAGGCCAGUGAUAGAUAAGAGAAGUACAGCGAUGGAAAAGAUUUGCAGAGAAUGUGAAAGAUAACUUUUAUUUAAUUUACAUUUUUUUAUUUUAUUUUUUUCUACCUUUUUUUUCUUAUAUUUUUUUGUUCAUCCAAAAGGUUACAUGACAGUUCACAUAAAGGAAGUUAUUCACAGUGUACAAAUACAUCAACAAUAAUAAUAAUAACAGUGUUGACAUUUGGAUAACUUUUAAAAACAUAUAUUCACCUAUUUUAGUGUCAGACAAAUAAGGAAACAAAUAAUAUUGUCACUUUCUUUAUUGUAGUAACACAGAAAUGUAUUCUGUUCAUAAAUAUUGGAUUUUAUUUCUGACAUAAAUUUUCUGCUUUAUGUUUAUUAGAGACAUUACAAUUUAUUCCGAGGCAUCUGAAGAUCUGAAUAUUCUGCUCAACGGAUCAAUGUUGCUUUUCCAGAAUAACACGUAUACACACGGGAAAGGUAUUGUAAAAACAUGGAGUCUGACCACUAACUAAUUUCUCUAAAAGUCUGAAUUGUGAGAAAAAAAAAAGACUUUUAUGUCAAUCACCAAGUACACUAUUUACUUAAAGAGGCAGCUCGACAAAAUGUAUUUAUCACUAGGAUCAGUGAAUGAAAACAAGAUUUGAAAUUGAGAUUCACUAUGUAAAUGUGAUUCCAUGUGUAUUAAUAUGUGUAAAUCCAAACUGAAUAUAGGUUUAUAAAACACUCUGAAAUAAUUAAUGCAAACAUGUAAUGUUAUAAUGUGAUACAUAGAACAUGGUAGGGUUUAUGGUUGGACAUAGGGAGUAGGAUAGGGAAGAUUUUUGGUAAGGGCUUAAGUGAUUACAUGUACGGGGGGGGGGACAUAAAAUGUAACCUUGGUCUGAAGUCUCUGGUCUCUGGACUUCAACCAAGCUGGUGAUCAAUGUCUUGUUUCUGAAUGCCCCAAAAGGUACCAAACUUUAGCAAGUGAACCCCUUGGUCUAUAGAAGAUUUCAAUUUGAUGCUGAACUUGGAAGAAACAAUUCAUUUUUAUUUUAUUUAUUUUCACUACACAUUCAAUUCUGGUGAAUUCAAAACUGUGAUGAAAUCCGGCAUCAAAUAUAUAUUAGUUGAAUGUAUAUACAUAUAUAUAUAUAAUUAAGUGAUUUAUUUUUUUCAAACUUGACAUUUCCACAUACAUAGUCCUUCCAAAUUUAUAUUUAAAUCCUAGUUCCACAUAAACAGGAUUAUUCACUAAAGUGUGAUUUGCCAGGAAAUCAAAGUGAAUUCAGAGUGAAUUUCAAACUUAAAGGGACUUUCAUCACUUGACAAUUUAUUUUUUUAAACCAACAAGCAAACACUUUUAAACAAAUAUAGAAAAAUAACAUAAUAAAGAAAGAAAAUUUUGAAACGUUCCUAAACUUACUAUUAACUUGGUUAGAUUAUGUCAGGACUUACCUGUCAAUUCCUCUUCUGCUCCGUUCUGACACUUCCGGGUAUGCGGAACAGUCCCCGCCCCCUCUCUCACGCCCUUAUAGAGAAACCACGCCCGUUUUAAACUUGCUUAGUGAUUGAGUCAGGUUACUUCCGCAUUCAUAUUGCCGGCUAUGCUCCUCUUCGUUGAAAAUGGUGUACCGAACUCCUGGAUUGUUAAAACGGAUUCCCUGCCUUCUCCUCUCCUUUGAUCUUGGACUGAAUUUGGAUUGCUUGAAAGUUUAUGCUCCUUCCUGACUUCAAGUACCCUGCCUGUGGAAGACUACAGUAUAUACUCGAGUAUAAGUCUAGUUUUUCAGCUGAAAAACCCCCACUCGACUUAUACUCGAGUCACUGUCUGUAUUAUGGCAACUUAGAGAGCCGCGGCUGUCAGAGCCAUGGCAACGAUCCGCGCGGCAACCAGACCGCGAGACUUACAGUGGAGCUGACCGGAACGGAGGAGAAGGGAGCUGACAGGAGCUGCAGGAAAGGUAAGUAAAUGCUUCCUGCUGGCCCCCCCACUUCACAGCCCAUGCCACUGGACCACCAGGGAUUAAGAUAGCCCCCCUCCCUGACCAGUUAACAAGCAGGGAGGGGGGGACAAAAAAAAUAAAAAUAAUAAUAUUAAAAUAAAAAAAUUAAAAUAAUAAAAAUGCCCUCCCCCACCCAGUUCACACACACUACACAAACACACACUCUGCAUUAUAUACACACUCUGCAUUAUAUACACAGAAUAUGUGUAUAUAAUGCAGAGUGUGUGUUUGUAUGAGUGUGUGUAUAUAAUGCAGAGUGUGUUUUUGUAUGAGUGUGUGUAUAUAUAAUGCAGAGUGUGUGUUUGUAUGAGUGUGUGUGUGUAUAUAAUGCAGAGUGUGUGUUUGUAUGAGUGUAUAUAAUUCAGAGUGUGUGUUUGUAUGAGUGUGUGUAUAUAUAAUGCAGAGUGUGUGUUUGUAUGAGUGUGUGUGUAUAUAAUUAUAAAAAAUCACAGAAUUUCAUAGCCCCAAGUUUUACCCUCGACUUAUCCACGAGGCAUAGCAUAUUUCACAAUUGUUGGUCACAAAACUGCACUCGACUUAUACAUGAGAUCGACUUAUACACGAGUAUAUACGGUACUCCCAUCAUACUCUAAGUAUACACUUAAUCAUAAUUCUGGGAAUUGCAGUAUUAAUGAACUUUAACCUGCUUGCUAACUAUCUCCUGCUACAAACUUUGUUGCCACUAUCACUGCUACAAUGGCUAUUGAUUUUGCUUUCAUCUAAUUACUUCCAGUAGCCACAAAUCCUUAAAGCUACAGUAAUUGUGCUUACAUAAAGGACUUUUUCCUUUCAUUAGUUAAAAGCUGUUAAAAAAUAAGGAAAUUUCUAAUCUGCAGUUGUGGUCCACAUCUAUUCUACUUGUGACAUAACAGAUUACAUGGUUGGGCACGCCUCUCAGCCAGGGAAGUUUUUUUUUAGCCUCCCUAACCCUUUACCCACCCAUUUAAGUUUCAGACCAGUUCACUAAUGACAGAAACAGGGCAUCAUUGUGCAACAGCAGGAAAGACGAGAACCUGUUGUGCAUGACCACACUGAUCAGAGCAUUCCUAAGGAUAGGACACUGACUGUUUAGAUCAGUGUCCCCAUGGAGUGGGUGUGGAGAUCAUAAGAAAUAAGAAGCAGGUAAAUAAAAAAAAAAAUUAUAAAGAAUAUUAACUUGCAUUUUACAGAAUGCAGAGUGAGGCAACUCUCUCAUUCAAAGCUAAAUAUUUUGAAUGAGACAGAUGUCUCAAAAUUGUCUCAAAAUGAUGUAUAUCCCUUUAAGGCCAUUUCAGAACUGGAAAAACUCUCCAACUAAGGAACUUGUUACAUUUUGGUGUAAAUUCACCAGUCACCAGACUAACUUGAGCCUAGUUGGUUGAACAUAUAUUGGGACAAAAUGGUGACAAUAUAAUGUGAUACAAGUAAUAACACCUAACUAAUGUAAAAUCAACAUGCGAUAAAACUAUAACACCUAAAUAAUGUAUUACCUGUAUUUUCUUAUGAGAAUAAUUGUUUUUAAAUGUACACAACACAUGUGCAAUGAGAUAACUGCAAGCACUUAACUCUCAUGAUCAUUUAACAAUGAACAGUAAUUUUUAUUUUGCUAUCUUGAAUAAAAGUUUCUAAAGAAAGUAUCGGUGUAUAAUGUGAAUGCCUUGUGUGUUUUUUUUUUGUAGAUGAUGUAAGAAUUUACAAAAGUUCAACUAUAGUUAUCAUUAAAGCACCAAAGAAUGGUGUGGAACAAGUCUCGUUCAACGGGAAAAUAGCAAAGGUAUUAUGCCCAUAACAGAUCUUUACGUUUGUUUUGUAAGGUUUCGUUUUUUUUGAAUUCUUUAUUUUUGUUGUGCAGGUGGUUACAGGGUAUCAACAGAUGCAACAAAGGCGUUUUUCAAGAUUCACAAAAGUUAGACAGUGGCAUGCGAAUUCGCACAUUUUUACAUUUUUAGCAAGCUCAACUAAACCGCUAUAUCGUCAGAGCAAGACUAAGUAGAAUGAAAUAGUAUAAAAUGAUAGAUAAACUCCACAACAGCGUAAGUCAGGUUUUGCAAGAGACAGACAGUGGCUUGGUUAUUCGCACAUUUUCCUUUAUAUAGAUUUUAAGCCUGACAAAAACAGCGUUAUUAGCAGGGUAGAGUUAGGAAGUCGCUAUGCAACAUUAUCAGGCUUACUUAACGUAACGCUAAGGCAUCAAUUUAAAUGUAAGUAUGUCCUGCAAACAAGGUUUGGUUCAUGUGUUCACUGGGUUAGUAGCAACAUAGAUAUUACAGGUAAUGGUAAUGCAGUACAACGCUAGCAACAUCUUUUAGCUAGUGCACAUAUACUUGUUUGAUGUUUGAAAUUUCGCUUGUACGUUUUGACCUGUCAGGGUAGAGUCGCUUAUGAUUAUAUUAGUUACGCUUAAGAUCAUAAAUAACAAGCUAGUGUUUAGGGUACCUACGUAUCUUGCGUAGUAAACAAAAGGUAAUUAGUGGGGUAUGUUUUGCCUAGACGCUCAUGGUAUAAUGAGUGUUAAGGCGUUUAGGCCUUGGGUUAGGCUUCAGUUUACGCAAACCCGUGUGUACGGGCAGGUAAGAAGGUUUUUUCCUCCUCUGUGUAUGGACUUGUUAAGUAGCGGAGGUUGCCUGUGCUAUUAUAGGCACUCUGUCAUCAGAGCCAGUGCUGGGAGUUGACUCCUGAGCAUAGUGGGGGAGGUGUCAGUCAGGAUGAGCCAUGCUUAUAUUGGGGGCAUUAGGGGUAAAGGUCGGAUUAUACCCCGUUCGUGUCCGUCUACCAAAUGGUGGUCGGAGAGGAAAGGGUGCCACAGCUGGAGAUAGGGGAGGGGGGUCAAGGUAGAGUAGGAACUAAGCCUGAUGAUAGGCGUGCAGUGCCUAGUGUGAUGUGUCUUAGAGAAUCUAAAUAAACGAGGAACACAUAACAUUAAAGAAUCAGUAAGAGGUAACAUGGGGAUCAUCCCUGUCGUGAUCAGUCCUGGUCAGAGAGCCCCACGGGGCUUCAUGUAGUUGCUGCAACAUACAAUUCUGCUGAGGGUCGUCGUGGUGUGAACGGGGUGACCUUGCUCAGGUCCCAGUUAUGCGUGGGCCUGGUAGUGGGUUGCGGCUGUGGCUUUAGUAGACAGUCCUGUGGUAGUCCCAAGUCUCUUAAGAGUGUGACUGCAUCUCAUAGGUCCUGGAGUUGGUUAGUAGUCUCUCCUUGUGUCAUCUGGAGCAUGCAGGGCAAGCGCCAUCGGUAUCCUAUAUUGCGUUGUUGGAGUAGUGAGGGAAGGGGCUUGAGUGACCUCCGCCAGGCCAUUGUACCACCGGACAGGUCACUGUAGAAUUUUAAAGCCAUAUUUUCGAAGCGGUAAUUUGGCUUACCCCUGAUUGACUUUAGGAUUGCAAUCUUGUCUGCUCCGUGCCUGAAUUGAAUGAUCAGGUCGCACAAUGCUGUUGCUGGGGCUCUGGCCGGCUUAGGGAUAUAGAAAAGCCCGUCAAGGGGUGUUGCUUUGGCCUGCUUGGGUGGCAGCAAGUCUCCCAUCAUUCUCCUUAUUAAGUGCGGCAGCUCUGCCUCAGGGACCGCGUCGGGUACCCCCUGGUUUUCAGGUUGUUCCGCUGGCGUAGGUCUUCCUGGGCUGUGAAGCGGCAUUCAUGGGCCUGAUUUUGCCGCUGGGAGUCCUGUACUGCCCGCUCCAACACCUAUAUCCACUGGGUGUCCUGGUGAGUAGUUGUUCUAGUGCAUCGAUUUGGCCUGUCAGCCCCUGCAGACCCCCUCGUAUCAUGGCAAUGUCGGUUCGUAGGGUGGUCUGUAGUUCCGCAAGGAGCCCCUUUAGGGCCGAGAUUGUAACAGGGGAUGUGUCCGGUUCUGUAUGUUUUGGCGGCAGGGGUUUCGCCGAUGUGGUUAAGAAAGUCUCUUCCCCCUCCGAGGUCAGGUCAUCCCAGAAAUCAGAACAGCCACCUCACAGCGCGGCCAUCUUAGGCCUGCUCUCCCCAUGUGCUUGGCGCGACAGGUCGCCGAUGUUCAUCCCCACAUUGGGUCGGUCCAGUUUGGGUUUUUUGGUCUUCCGACCUAUGGUGGUUAAGUGUGCUGGUAUGAUGUCUGGGAGCUUGGUACAGCAGGUAAGAGCCGGUGACAAAGUGAUUAUUCUCCGUUUUUAGUCUGGAGCUGCAGUAGCAUACGACCUCUCACUUUGGUAGCUAGGCUCUGCCCCCUUGUUUUGUAAGUUUUAAAACAAAAACAAGCUGUUUUACACUUCUAUAUUUUUUUUCUUCUGAAUAUCCAUAUCAGUAUUAAUAGAUAGUUCCUCCCUCAAAGCAGAAAGGACAGGAACAGGAACUAUGAAAUUAGUGUAAAUAGUUCUGCCCACUCCCAAUCAGGUUAUAUAACGAGCUCCACAACCCUCAUAGAAGAAGGUAUGGAAGGUAAUGCUGCCAUGGUUAUUGAUCAGAAAAAGAUAAUUAUGGGAUGUAUAGGACAAUUUUCUGUUCUUCUGAUAAAACCAUGUGAUCUUCAUUACGUGAUAGAUAACCAAACUAUCUAUAUAAUGGGUAAGAAAAAUAGCACAAAUAGUUUAGAUACCAGUCAAAAGUUAGACAAACCAUAAAGGGGCAUCAAAAUGCAAGAAGCCUCAAAAAGUAUGAGCACAUCACUAAUCAAUAGGUUAUCCCAUAUAUAUGCCCAGGUAGAGUAGCGUUCUCCAGAGAAUGUUGUUCAGGAACCACAUUAUGUUUGAUCACUGGUGAUAACCAGGAUAGCCCCUACAAUAAAGUGAAAGGGUGAAAAUGAAUUCACAAUAACCAAAAACACAUUUUCCUACCACAUGUUUUGAACAAAUACAGGCCAAGCUUGUGAAACCAGCAAAACCAAAAAUUAGUCAAAUCCUGGCAUAGAAUGUUGCCAUAACAAUAGAAUGGAAAUAUGUCUAAUGUUAACAUUCUAAUAAAGUAAAAUCACAAGAAUAUCCGUUUAGCAGAUUAUGGAGCUACUAUAGAAUAAUCCAACAUUCUAGUAGAACGGAAAGAGGUAGUUCGACAGACUGCCUGGUAGGGAGAGACUGGUUCUAUUUCAUUUUCACUGAUUUGUUUCCUGUCCUUUCUGCCGUGAGUGGGAGGUGCUACCCAUUAGUUAAUGCUGCUGUGGUUUGAAGAAAAAGACUUACAUUGAGCCCCAUUGUAUCACAAAUUGAUUUUUUUUCUUUGGACACAUAAUAAUUUUCCAUUUUAUUUACAUUUCAGAUUGUCAUUUCACCGUGGAUGAUAGGCAAAACGUGUGGUCUUUGUGGAUAUGCUGAUGGAGACGAGAUAAAUAACUUUCAAAAGCCAAAUCAGCAGAUAGCACAGGAUUGCGGCAGCCUUGUCCACUCCUGGACGUUGUCCGAUAAUUCAUGCUUUGGAAGUUAGUGUCUAAUUCUGUGUCAAGUGCAACUACAGAGGACAUAACCUAAUGAUAUCCUUUCAAAGUUACAAAGAGAAGUUUUAUGCGCUGAACAAUUUAUUUUGGCUAAUUGAAAACUCAUGUGCAAAUUCCAGGCUAGAAUGCCAAGAUGUGACUACAGCUGAGAAUUCAUAAUAUCAGCUAUUACGACUCACUACAAUUCUGUUUUUAUUUUGCUGUUAAGUGAAUAAUUGCCACUAUGUAUUGUUUGCACAAUGCGGCUCUUUCGCUUACUAGACUCUUUGAGUAUAUAAACUAACUGAAUGAAAACAAGAAUUAUCCUUAUUUGCACCUCAAAUGUCAAAAACAUGAAUAGGAGUAUUUACUUUGAUAAAUUAUAAAUAAAAACACACCACGUAAAUUCCCUGUACACCAAAUAGCAUGUUACAAAAACACUGAGUAUUUUUGAUUUGUGAUCAGCCAAUUUGCUAAAACUUUUGUAAUUUGUAACUAGUUAUUUGGUUAAGAAAUUACACAUUGAUUAUUAAAAUUGUGCGAGGCACACAAUUUUGUUUUGGCUAAACCACAUCUGAAAAAAACCUAAAAACAUUUCAAGGCCACUGAAUUUCAGCCAUAUGGUGUCAUCUCAUCAUAACUUCAUUAACAGAAAAAGAUUAACAGAAAGGGCAUGAAAAUAGGCCAGUUAGUGUGCUGUCAAAUAUAAACAUAAUAUACAUAGAUAAAUAUUAUGUAUAUUUUUUGCAAUACACAAAUAGGCACAUUGCCCUGCUAUUUGGUUCAGAAGUCAAGAAUAAGUAAAUAAUAGAAGGAGGGACGGGGGGGACAAGGAGCAGCAGUAACAUAUUUUCUAUAUUUUAUUUUUUUAUGCCCUCUAUUGGCCACUUCUCACUUGAUCUGUGAUUAAAAUCAUUUUUUGCUGGCUGUCCCCUAACCAUCUGUCAUCUUUUUUCUAGUUGGCUGGCUACUGACACCAUGACCACUUCAAAUCACUGAAGUGGUUGUGGUGCUUGGAGUAACUUUUUCAUACGUAACAAAUAUAUUUACAAACUGGAGCUAUUUUAGAAUGAUAACAUGUUUAACCCCUUAAGGACCAAACUUCUGGAAUAAAAGGGAAUCAUGACAUGUCAGACAUGUCAUGUGUCUUAAGGGGUUAAAUAUAAAGUCAUGUUUUCUUGUAAUGCUAUUUUGUACUAGUGAUAGUUACUUUUUUUUUGAUUAUUUAUUAUUAUUAUUAAUAUUGCUGGUAUUUAUAAAGCGCCAACAGAUUCUGCAGCGCUGUACAAUUAGUGAAGAAAGUACAAUAUACACAGACAAAUACAAGAGGUAGAGAGAGCCCUGCCCGUAAGCUGAUAUAUUUAUAAGAGCAGUACACAAAGAAAAUGAGCCGUGAUAUUUCUUUUACUGCAAAUGUUUUCACCAUUGAUUUUUUACGAUAAUUUUUACGGUUGUUAGUACAACUCCCCACCCCCAUUGAAUGUUCAAUAUCCCUUUCUAUGCGUCAUUUCUGCAAACUAUUUUUUUGAAUGGAUAAAGCUCAAAUGUAAAAGUGAAUUUUCAGAAUGUAAAAGCUGAGUAGAGGAAUAUACAAUUUUUUUUUCAAAGUCAUACUCAUAAAUAUAUAUUAAUAAUGGCAGCAUAUGUGUUUGUUUUAUAUUUAUUUAGGCUGUGCAUUGGAUCGUCAGUAUGUCUUGUUAGAAAACCAGAUGAUUGAUGAAGAUCCAUAUACCUGUUAUUCAACAGAACCCGUAUUAAAGUGUGUUUCAGGAUGUCACCCCAUGGGAACAGCCCCUGUAAAAAUAGCUUUCCACUGUCUACCCACAGGUAAGUGGGAUAAAUGGAAUAUGGUUUUUCACAUAAACAGUUGUACGUUGACAUCUAAAAUUUUGAGAGAUUAAUUGAAAUUUUAUUUUGAAUUCAUUAUGGUUCUAUUAGCAUAGAUUUAUCAUGAUUAAUGGAGCCAAAAAUGCAAAAUUUUUAACACAGAAUAAUCCUAUAAAAACAAACCAUGCUAAUGAUUCAAAUAAAAUUGAGCUCAGAAAAUAAACAAGUUGUGUAGAGUCACGUUAAUAAGUUUCUCUAUUUUUCCUUCUACCAAAAGUUUUUAACAUGUAAAUUAAGGCUGCUAGAAGCAGACAUUUUGUUUUUAUAGCAGUUGAAAAGUGAAACUUUAUUAUAUAUAUACGGAUUCAGAUUAAGGAGGACUAUAACACAGCAAAGACAUGUGUGAAUGUAGUGAGUACCGUGUAGUGCAACCUCAACACCCCAUUCCCGUUUACCAUCCUUCCAAUAAAACAUAAUUUUGGUGAAAACAGGCCACAGCUUUUUAUUUACAAUUUCAACAAAUAUCAUUAACCAUAAAAUAGAUUAACAUAAUAUACCAUUUAACAAUAAACCUGUCCAUCCCAACUCAUACUGGGCACCUGCCCCCCACCACCCCCCGUGUCCUAACCACCAACUGGCCUCCAACUUGGCCUUACCUUAAUACAAUGCUAACCACAAGCCAGCCUUUGGCUCACUGGCACGUCCAUUUAUCCAAAUCUUUUUACCAGAGGUUGUAGGAGGCAUCAGCCUCGACCUUCCUUCUUUCCCAUGGACUCCUGAUCCAACCCCGAUUGGCAAGGAACUUACCCGCCAGCUGCAGCAAAAGAAAUAGAGAAAAUUCCAACAUAAAAGGGAGGGAGGGAAGGAAGCCUUUACCAUGAUGGAAUUUUAAAAUGGCUCGAGAAUGGGCAGUGGGUGGGCAAAAUGCCCGUGUAUAUAUAUAUAUAUAUAUAUAUAUAUAUAUAUAAAUAUACACAUACAUAUACACACUCAUAUACACACACACAUAUACACAUACACACACCACAUUCCCUUCCUCCUGCUUACCCCUCCCCUUAUGCAACUACUAGGGAAUAUAAUCAUAGUGAUUUAUCUUUUCUUUUCAUACCUGCUGUAUGGGCCAAAAAUUGCAACCUGAUGCUAAUAUUUCAGACCCUGAAAUAUUGCAAGAAAAGCAAGAUCAUGCAAUAUCUUAAUAUUUUAAUCUCCUCCAGUAUUUCCCAAAUACAAGAAGGAAUAAACAAACAAAAAAAUAUCUACAUUUACAUAACUUUACAUAAAUUACAUUUACAUAACUUUAAUUUUAGUUAUCUCAGAACAGCAAACUAUACACAAAUGCUUUUUUUAAUCGUAUGUAUGUAUAUCCAAUUUAAAAAAAAUGUUUUUACCAAAAAGAAUUUGUAAGAGGAGGCGUUAUUUUGUAUAAAGGGAAUGUUUGCCUCAUUUCUUUAUAAAGUUUUACUAUUGUCAUUAAUGUCACAUUUAAUACGUACACAAAUACAUUACAUUGUGUUACUAACUUACAUUUCUUCUGAUGUUUUUUAUAGAAUCUGGAAUACAAUUAAUAGACUGGAUAAAUAGCCCAAAGGACGAAUCUGAAGAUUUAAUUGAAGAAGUGGAAGCUCACACCAGUUGUGUCUGUACAUCUCAAUGCACAAAUUAGGGCAAUAACAGCGACAUAUGCCGACCUCCCAACUUUAUAAGUGGACAAAGUGGGACACUUUCAUUUUAGGGGUGUGACCUGGGACAGGAUUGUUCUGAGAAAUUUCAGCAAAGUUGCUAAUAAGAAUUUAUAGAACUAAAAUGUAACUUCGAAGGAGUUUAUAAAAUGUUUGAUG